AUGUCUUUUGGACCAGAAGCUCAGAUCUACCUGAGUCCAGGUGCUGAUCAAGAUUUGUGGCCUUGGGGCCCCGUUGGUCUCCAGCUACGAAAAGAUGAAGCAAAACACCUCGUUUUAGAAUAUGCAGCGGAGAUUAUCUCGCCCUUUAUCUCGCCCUCUGUCUCUCUGACUGAUGAUUUUCAGGAGAGUUUAUUCCGAUGCAGCAGUGGGCAUAUCGGGGUCCUUAGAAGCCUUACGGAAGCUCUUCUACGAAAUAAGGACAUCCAAGCCGCCAUAAAACAGGGUAUGCCUGUUGAUCGGCAAACCUUUGUUGAUAGCCUCUCCGGUAAUCCUAUCGAAUUCUUCGAAUCCUUGAGCCGUAAAUGUUUUACCAAGGGCCUACCUCAGCCAAAAGAUUUAGAAAACGCGGCCACAACCCACAUCCUUGAAAUCGCUAUCAAUUCUGGCGCUGUUGACACAGGUCAGUUAUAA